CUGAGCUUUGAGUGGGCCGAAUCACCCCUUGUGUCGGUCAAAACACAGAGCGCGGGGGGCCUCUGGCUGGGGGUCCCAAAAUUUCUCGGUGCCUUGUCUAUACAAGUUUUUUUUUUCCUUCUUUCUUUAGCACAACCAUUGUUUACGCCAUGGCUUCUAGAUUCACUCGCUUGACUGCUGUCGCUCCCAAGUUGACUCGCGCCUACGCCUCUGCUCCCGCCACCAUCAAGGCUCCCAUUACCUUGUUCGGUAUCGAUGGUCGCUAUGCUACCGCUCUUUACACUGCUGCUGCUCGCAAGAACGUCCUCGAAGCCGUCGAGAAGGAUCUUAAGCAAGUCCAGGCUGCUGUCAGCAAAGACAAGGCUACUCAAGACUUCUUGGAGAACCCUACUGUCACCCGUCCCGUCAAGAUGGAAGGUGUUCAUCAGUUGUUGAAGAAGGUCGGCAAUGUCAACGAGUUGACCAAGAACCUUUUCGAAACCUUGGCUGAGAACGGUCGUUUGGCCCAGACCCACAAGGUCACCGAAGCCUUUGCUGAAUUGAUGAGCGCUCACCGCAACGAAUUGCCCUUGAUCAUCACCUCUGCCAAGGAAUUGGACAAGGCUACCUUGAACAAGGUUUGCGAAUCCCUCCAGAAGAGCCCUCUUGCUGAAGGCAAGAAGCUUCUCGUCUCCAACAAGGUCAGACCCGAUAUCUUGGGUGGUCUUCUUGUCGAAAUUGGUGACAAGAGCAUCGAUUUGACUGUCUCUGCCAAGCUUUCCAAGCUCAACAAGCUUGUUACUGAUUCCGUCUAAAUAAUAUCACUUUUGAUCUUUUCACACGUCUCGUAUAAAAAAAUAAAGCUAAACCAAUGUGACAUAGCACGAUAGAUACGUUUUGCCUCACCUUUCUUUUGUUUCCAAAUCAGCAAUUUAUGAUACUAUAAAAGUCGAUGCAAACCAUGCUCAAGUUC